AUGGAACCUCCAACUGGACCUCGCAAAGGUCUCUUGACCAUCAUAGUAAUCCUCACUUCAGGCUUACUGCUGUCCUCAGGGGCCUUGCUGCCAAAGGCGCAUAAUUCCGGCAGGUUUUGGGAGCAUGCAGCACCUCAGUAUCCUCCACUGGAGGGCAGCAUCGACCUCAACGCUGCCCUCCUUCCCUGGGGCACCCACCUCCCUUCCAUCAUGCUGCAUGACUGGAGUCUCAAGUGGAUGUCUUCCGAUGUCACGGCACCACAGGACGAGGAGAAGGAAGAUGGAGGGCAAAACAGGAAGUCCCUCCUAUGGGGUUCAAUGAGACAGGAAGCCUCAUCUCCCAGGGACCCAAAGGUGGCACUAUACCCAGCCAGCUGGGUUCCGGGCUGGGGUGGGAAGCGGAGCAUCGUGGUAGCAGACGACGCAGCCUUCCGGGAGAAAAGCAAGCUGCUGACAGCUAUGCAGAGGCAGAAAUGGCUCAACUCCUAUAUGCAAAAAUUGUUGGUGGUGAAUUCUGAUUGA